UAUUAUUUGAUAGGAGUUGUAUAAAGUAAGAUAAAACAGCUAACCCUGACUACCUGCAGGGUACAGGGUAAGAUGUCAGAGAAACCCCCACGUGCCGCCGCGCCCACCCAACCGGAGGAGCAAGAGCCAGACCUUGAACCCCAACAGAUCUCCCGCCUGAGCAGCAUCUCCGAGAGGGUGAGGGGGGUCACUGACAGCACCAAGAAUUUUAUCAAGAGAGAGAAAACUGUGACUCCUGCUACAAAGAAAACUUUAGACGGGGUCCUUAUUGAUGGGAGGCUGACUGAACCAACUGGAAUCCUAUACAAAGCUAAGAUGAUCGGGAGUCUGAGCGUACAAUUCCAUAAAGGAGACAAAAUGGCGAUUGACGCCAUGCGAGACCUCAAAGUCAUGGCCAAAACAUCUGGACGACACAAAGCAAGGAUCUACCUCCGAAUCUCAAUCCAAGGAAUGCACAUUUUAGAAGAGGGCUCAAUGAAACAGAUAGAUAUCCACGACCUGGAUAAGAUCUCGUAUCUUGCGGAGGAUCCCGAAGAAAAGAAAACAUUCGGUUACAUCUACAACAAGACGAUCCGUAACAAGGCGUCUGGUAAGAGCACGACAGUGCACCGACUGUUUGCGAUUAAGUCUCCCAAGUGCAUGCUGAUAGUGUCCAACAUGAAGGCAGUAUUCCACUACAUGUACGACAUGAGGAUGUCAGAUAACAAGCCGGAUGCUGUUAACGUAGAUAUGGCGCUGGUCAGGAAGCAGGCCGAGGAGGAGAAGCAGGAGGCGUCAGCACCACCUGGGGAGACUGGCAGUUUAGUGGGGUCGGAUGAAGAGAAAGAUACUCUCGGUUUUGACUACGGUAAGUUGGUGGACUUUGGAGAAGCAGAACAGCAGAUUCAACCAGUCGUAGCAGCAGAUCCUGAGUUUUACCCCUCCGAGGAGGAGGCCACAAAGUCAGAGCUAGACCCUGGCCCGGCCAUCAACUUGUACGUUACAUCACCACGUGGCAAUAAACUGGAGGCCUUCGAGGAGGACGAACCUGUUUACAGCACUGUCAGAAAAAUCAGGGACGACCCAGCAGAAGCAGCUCCAUCUCGACCACCCCGAAUCGAGGUUUCCACCGACUUUGGAACCGUCAACCCUUCCUGGAACAAAUCUGCCGCCAACAGUGACAAUGAAGAGGACAUUUUCUCCCUCGAUAAAUACAACAGACAGGAAUCCAGCAGUUCGGAGUCCGACGAGGAGCACACAUUCGGGGUGUCGCCCCCAGCUGCCCCUGCCAAGAUCCCCAGUGCAGUAUUCCUGGACAGUCAGGAUUACGAGUGGGACAUAGGGGAUAAUCCAACAAAAUACCACGAUCAGGGAAUGGGAGGGUUUGAGCUAGGAGAGAGCAGAGAGAGAUUAUCUACUGUGACUAAGAAGGCGGUGGCUUCCCUGGAGAGGGUCAGGGACGAUCAGAAACCAGCUCAACCUACUGGAAGCAGUCUAAUUGACUUUGCUACUUUUGAGGACAGAUUGGAGACCAGUGAUCCUGUAGACCUGUUCGACACACUAACGGUGAAACCUAAAUCAACAGCACCACAAGACAGCGACCUGUUAUCUCUGGACUUCUUCGGAGGAGCCCCUGCUCCUGCUGCUACUCCGCAGGUAACAGUCCAGCCAACGAUCGAGACACAGAAAUACAACAUUGACAUCAACUCCCUCCUGGCAGAUCCGAACACCUAUAAUAAUAACACUAGUUUAGCAGCAGGAAGUACUCAGAGUCUAAACUCGAAUCCUGGACCGAACGCUUGGGUAGGAUUCGCGGCUCCAAUGGCGGGCCCCACCGCUAGCACCAUGCCCCAAGGAGGUACUGGGAUAGGAGGUCCCAACUACCAACCUGCAUACAACUUCCCAGUGGCUUUUGGUGCUCCGGCGGAUAACUUGUUGAAGCCAAAUGCGCCAUCGGGAGGUUCGUCACGGAAGACAUCGACCUCAAGUAACCCAUUUCAUGAACCCAAGACAGCAACCACAAGCAGCUCAUUAGAUCCUUUCAGCGAUCUUAUGAACGAUGCUAUCUAAACAGAACCAAAUGUAAACUAACUAACCAUGUUCAAUGUGUUGUACGAUGUGGUGUAAAUAUAACACGAGCUAAACAGUAAACAAGCGCAAGAGGGGGAGAUCUGGGUCGAUAGCCCAGCUAUCAACUAUGUGUUUGUGUGUGAAAGAGCGGUUAAGCCAUAAAAUCAAGAUUUAUAAUUAAGUAAUAUAUGGAAAGAGUAUUGUAAUGGGAUUAUUAUGUAGGAACUCACAUUCAGCAGAGAGAUCUUUUUAUAGCGAUCGUGUCAUCCUUCAGGCUCCAUGCUAAAUUCCUAAUCGAUCGUAAUUGACCAUUAAAGUUACAAAUAUGUAUAACGAUCGAUGAAAUUCCCAAGUUUCCUAAUCGUUAUCGACGCCAAUUAGAGGUUCAAAUUAAUCAGUAUAAAUGGUGUGGAGCGAGUGAUAUUAAUGUAAACGUGUAAUUAUGAUUGAUGUGUGUUUCAGAUAAAAGCUUGUUUACAGUGUUAAUUUAUAUAUGAAAUAUUUUCAUUAUUUUGGUUUUUUAUGUAAGAUGGUAAGUAUUGACUUGGUUAAAUUGUACAUGUUUAUUGAUUUGUUUAUAUCUCACUCAGUAA